AUGUCUCAACAAAACCCCAAUCUACCGAGCCCACCAGGUGGUCAAUUCGGAUUCAUGUCCAAGAUUGGUGCCACAGAUGCAGCCGUCCGUACUUUAAACGACCAGCCGUACCUAUUCACUAUUCUCGUUGUUGUCCUCAUCUCUCUCAUCCUUGAGGGCGUUUUCAUGUGGUACAUCCACCACGCGACUUUGAAACCCGGGCAGAUCAAAAAGAAGGAACCCAAGGGGGGCAAGAAAGCAGGAGGAAAGCCACCAGCAGCUCGAUAA